GUGGAUGAGUCCCGCGCCAGGAGCUCGGCAUUGUGGCCCGGUCUCCUAUCUGCUUCUUCUUGGAAACGGCGUCAGAGAGCAGCUGAGCAAAGGCUUAACAUUUCAAACGUCUGGCGGUAGGCUGUAAAGUUUCCACCCCGAAAACAGUGUCAUGCGGCAGUAGUAGUAGGGUUGGUACAGGACUCCUCGGCACAUGCCUUGGUGCUGUAGGAAUGAGUUUUCUGUAAAGCUUUGCGCACAGCCACUCCAAACCAGGGGCCUCGUUUUUUGUUUUUUUUCUCUCUCUCUUUUUUGUUUGCUCAUUUAGGAAGGAGCUGUUCUGUUUCUGUUUACGUGUAAUUCUCCUGAUUGAAUUGUUACAUAUAUAUUGGAAAAUUUCUAUUUAAACACCCUCCUGUUGAAACUGAGCUGCAUUGUAUUGUGCCUCGAGAAUCCUGUUUAACCAUUUGCGUAAAGGUUAACUCAGUCAAGCACCAGGAAAGCAAAUUCGCAGCGAAAUUCCCUCAGCAUUAGUCAUAGAUGUCCGCUCAGCUGGGAGGAGGCCUGCAGCCGGAGACCACAGUAAAACUCGAGGAACUAAAAUCUGAAGAACUUUUUGAUGUGACAAGGCCUGACGGAUGUCCCCGGGACGGAGGAGAAAAUAAAGUGGUUCUGUUCCCGGAGGGACAGCAGCAGCAGCCCCAGAUGAAACCACGCAAGAUGACUCGCAGUCCAAAAUGCGCCCGCUGUCGAAACCACGGCGUCGUUUCUUGUCUGAAAGGCCACAAACGCUUUUGCCGCUGGAGGGACUGCCGCUGUGCCUGCUGCCUGCUGGUGGUGGAGCGCCAGCGCGUCAUGGCGGCGCAGGUCGCUCUCAGACGGCAGCAGGCUGCGGAGGUGAGACGAGCACAGGGGCAGGGCAAGAAGGGGGUCAGGUGUGCAGCUCCACUGCGCAGAACGGCAUAUCAGUGUUACACCAGAGCGGCCGAGUCGAGCAUCGUGGCCAAGAGCAUCCUGCAGGGAAUCAAACCUGCUGUGCCUCCAGAGGUCGACACCCCCUGCUGGUCGAAGCAGACGCAACGUGACCAAACACACUUUACGUGCCCCUCCAUCAGCGCCCGGAUGAGGAAGAGACGAGCGUUUGCAGACAAAGAGCUGGAAAAUGUGAUGCUGGAGCAUGAACUGAGACAGAGGGAGCUGCAGAAUGACCUUUUCCCCCCCUCGGCCCUCCUUCCUAUGCUUCACCCUCCACCCUUGCCCAUCUCCCCUGGUCUCCACCGCUGCCCACCCAGCAAGGAUCCCACAACUGAAGGGCAAUCUAGCUAUGUGCCCCUGUGCAAAUACAAGCCCUUUUAUGAGUGUGACUUCCAGCUUUAUCAGUUCUUUCCCCUGAAGAGCAGGUACUCCACAGGAAAUGACUAUAAUGACUUCUUGUUAUGUCAGAGCUCCCAGCAAAGCAGACAGGAGAAGGAGGUGCAGAAUGGAUGGAAAGACAGCGAGAAGACAAAACAAGCAGAGGUCAUUCCUUCGACAUCCACACAAAGACUCCGAAAUGAUGGCAAGGCUAUGUCAUGUGCUAUUCCUGUCAAAUCCCCUUCAAAACAAGCAGAAAUAAUGGACUCAAAUGGCUCUUCAACAGUCACACUUGCUAUUUCUGCAUCAGAUCAGGGUGUCCUGGGUCAGCCAGACAUCAGCGCACCCAGCAGGACUUUUGAUCCCAGACCUUUGACAGCUAAGAGCUGGAGCUCAGACACUCCUGCCGCCCAGGCAGCUCCUCAUGCCGACUCUGUUAAGAGCCCUCACGGCAGCUCAAUCAGGACUCCGGCUGUGAGGCCAUUACCUUUUUCUGUAGAGGCUUUGCUGAGGGCCUGACAGACAACUGCAAGCAGAGUAUAGUGCAUACUUUAUUAUGCACAACCCAACCUGAACUGUCUGAAUAUAAUUGCAAAAACUGAUUUUAUGGUACAGGUUUGGAAACGCUAUUCUGUAAAGUGCCAAAAGUGAGAGAUUUUUUUAAAAACUAUUUCUAUAGAGUAAAAUCACAGUGUUUGUGUUUUUUAUUUCCAUGAAAAGUUAUUUUACUAUAUUUUAUCUAUUGAAAAAAUUAACGCUAAAAGAUAUGUAUAUGUGCUACAAUACCAUAUUUGUAUUUCCAUUCUGGGCUAAUCACAUCUUGCAACAUGCAUACUUUGAAAAAGUGUUUUCUUUUUUUAUCAUCCCAUGUCAGUAGUGCCAUAAAAAUCUACUGAA